AAGUGUUCGUUCAAGACGGUCAAGGGCAUCAUGUUCCGGUACAGGGGCCGUGCGGGGCAAACCGUGCGCAUCCCCACCAUAGUGCCGCGUAUGGAGUCCCAAGAUUGCCCCCGAUUUCCUUCCGUAGAAGUUGUGCUAGGGGCAGAAAGGCAGUUCCACGAGACCUGGGUCGAGCUGCAGGAGGGCUCCAAGACGCGCCGGUUCUUUGUCGCCGCUUAUUACGAUCCAGGUCAGCCGGUCAACCGAGCCCUGAAAGCAGUGGCACCGCAAGUCGACUGGCACGGCGAGCUCAUCGUCAUGAAAGGAGGGGCGUAUGUCUUCGUGACUGACAUUGGUCCACGCGGUCUCGCAUACAGAGCCAUACUUAAGUGCGUUCCUACCUUCAAUGACGCUUCGGAUAUUUCUGAUCAAACCCGGUAUUUACAUGUCAGAUACCUAAACGAAUGUAUCCCUAUGGUUCAGGCCGCCUUAGCGCAGGGUCGACCCAUCGGCCUACCCAUUAUGCUAUAA